CCCGGCGAUAGCGCAACGGCUAAACCUCGGAAUUUGAGAAUGGCGGGAAGGCUUUUGAGGGAGGGGAUGCUUAUCUCCUUCUAUAUAACCCACCUCAGAUGCCCAAAGAAGAAGAAGAAAAAGAAGAAGAAAGGAAAACCCAGUUUCAGAUUCUGAAACCAAGAUUUUGAAGUAAUCGAAGAUAUGGCAGCAAGCUCUUCAUCUUCUCAAGAUCCAGGUACCAACUCCAGAAGGACUUCACUCGAACCUGUCUUGAGUGUAGGGAGGGCAUUUACAGGUCACCUGAAAUGUACUCAACCACCAAGAUGUUGGGGACUUCAUGUCCGCAUACAAGGAUGUGACCUUGAACGUGGGUACAUUUGUGGCAUCAUGGAAGUUUUAAAUCUUCAGAUUGGCCGACCAGUAGUGACCUUCUGGGAAGGGGAGAUUGUUGAUAUGAAGAACCAUACUUUCUACACCGGCAAAUGGCACGCAACGCCACAGGAUGAUAUAAACUACUGGGCUAGUUUUUCCUCUGCUCUCGGGAAUGCGGUACAAGCUGAUGGUGGAAACUCUUGGAACUUGAGUGACGACCCAUUCAUUUUUAUGAGAUGGAAAGAGCAACGUUAUGUCAGUGAGCAGACAGACUCUGAGUUUAGAUGCAUGGCAGGGUUUUACUAUGUUGCAUUCUCUAUUAAGUAUGGGACCAUUAACGCGACAUACCAUAAGCCUGGACCGGGGGUCACUCAUGAUCAGGAAUUUUCUCUAGCCCAUAACCAUGAGGAAAGAUGGGGAGUUAGUUCUUCAUCUUACGAGUUGCAGUGAGAGAAUGUAGGCCAGUCAUCUGAAUUUCUCCACUCAAAAUGAACCUGUUGAUGUACAUCAUCUUGCAAGAACAGGGACGUGAAUCAAUAUUACCCUACUGAUUGAUUGUAGUAUAAAUUUUGUUUGUUCUAUUUUCUACCUUCUGUAGAUGAUUCAGAUCAUCUAUUCGGCUAUGUACGUGAACUGAAUUUUUUUGCAGAUAAUUGCCUGUUAGGGACAACUGAAACGGGUCGAUGUUACAUAAUUCUCAAAUGUUAGCACAUCAUAUGAUGAUUUGCAUGGUUGUUUUUUUCAGUCUCUGAACCCUUGAGGUUGCUCCAUGUUUAGUAAAGCCAAAAAUUCAAU